ACAUAUUGGGUGCAUGGAUUGCGCACAUUUUUUCUGCAACGCAUAAGAAACAGUUCCCGCCCUCGCUCGUCUCGCUUCCUCAAGACUCUCUCAUUGGUUUCUCCCGGUUAAUCUCGCACCCACUUGUUUCUACGCCCAAAAGAUUUUCAUUCCUCCACGAGUUUUUCGCCAUGGCUUCGUUGAAUCGAUGCAUUUUUCUGAAUAAGACGCCCAUUUCCAGUUCUUGUAGUCCUCUAUCUCUGAAACGGCACUCGGAAUCGUUGAAGCUUUCUUCUGUGAGAUCAGAAAGAAACGACAGGGUUUUGAUGGAGAGCUCAUUGAAGGAUUCGGUUCUUGAGUUGGACCCCGUUUCCGCCGUUAACGAUGGGAUUCUUGACCUCUACGGCGAGGUCAUGGCCAUGGAGGAUCAGGGGGUCACUCCCUGGACCGUCUCUGUUGCUAGUGGAUAUAAUUUACUGCGAAACCCACAUCACAAUAAGGGUUUAGCCUUCACGGAUAAAGAAAGAGAUACUCACUACUUGCGUGGUCUUUUGCCUCCUACUGUCAUUUCUCAAGAUCUUCAGGUGAAAAAGUUUUUGUACAGGAUACGGCAGUAUCAAGUUCCUCUGCAGAAAUACAUGGCCAUGAUGGAUCUUCAGGAAAGCAAUGAAAAGUUGUUCUAUAAGCUUCUGAUUGAGCAUGUUGAGGAGUUGCUUCCGGUGGUUUAUACUCCAACUGUAGGAGAAGCAUGCCAGAAAUAUGGAAGCAUCUUCAGGCGGCCACAGGGUCUUUAUAUUAGUUUGAGGGAGAAAGGGAAGAUCUUAGAGGUUUUGCGAAACUGGCCUGAGAUGGGUAUUCAAGUCAUUGUUGUUACUGAUGGUGAACGGAUCCUUGGAUUGGGUGAUCUUGGCUGCCAGGGCAUGGGGAUUCCAGUUGGAAAGCUUUCCCUCUAUAGUGCUCUUGGCGGUGUUCGUCCUUCUGCAUGCUUGCCUGUGACGAUCGACGUCGGGACGAACAAUGACAAGCUGUUGAAUGAUGAGUUCUACAUUGGGCUCAGGCAAAAGAGGGCUACUGGUCAGGAAUACAAGGAGCUUGUGCACGAAUUCAUGGCUGCAGUCAAACAGAAUUAUGGAGAGAAAAUUCUCAUUCAGUUUGAAGAUUUCGCUAACCACAAUGCCUUCGAUCUGUUAGAAAAAUAUGGCAAGACUCACCUUGUUUUUAACGAUGAUAUUCAGGGGACAGCAUCCGUGGUCCUUGCAGGGCUUGUUGCAGCUCUGAAUCUAGUUGGUGGAACAUUGGCUGACCAUAAAUUCCUAUUUCUUGGCGCUGGAGAGGCUGGCACAGGGAUUGCAGAACUCAUUGCUUUAGAGAUGUUCAAAAAGACGAAUACCCCUUUGGAAGAUGCUCGCAAGAAAAUCUGGCUGGUCGAUUCGAAGGGUCUCAUUGUUAGUUCUCGCAAGGAGUCACUCCAACACUUCAAGAAACCUUGGGCACACGAGCACCAACCAAUUCAAGAUCUUGUUGAUGCUGUGAAGGAUAUCAAACCAACAGUGUUGAUUGGGACAUCAGGCGUGGGAAGGACAUUCACUAAAGACGUCGUGGAGGCGAUGGCCGCCAUUAACAAGAAACCAAUUAUUCUUGCUCUUUCAAACCCCACUUCUCAGUCUGAAUGCACUGCUGAAGAGGCGUAUACAUGGACUGAGGGCCGUGCCAUUUUUGCUAGCGGCAGUCCAUUUGACCCUGUUGAAUACAACGGAAAUGUCUUUGUACCUGGACAGGCAAAUAAUGCUUAUAUUUUUCCUGGCUUUGGUCUUGGAUUGAUCAUGUCCGGUACCAUCCGUGUUCGUGAUGACAUGCUCCUAGCAGCCUCGGAAGCUCUUGCUGCACAGGUUACACAAGAGAACUUGGGCAAGGGACUCAUAUUCCCUCCAUUCAGCAACAUCAGAAAGAUUUCAGCAAAUAUUGCAGCAAAAGUAGCUGCAAAGGCUUAUGAACUUGGUUUGGCCGGUCGCCUUCCUCAACCAAAGGACUUGGUGAAGCAUGCCGAGAGCUGUAUGUACACUCCUUCUUACCCAAACUAUCGGUGAAGCUGCCAAGGUUUCCCCAGUUUUGCCUCCCUUUUUUUUGUCAAUCAUUUGUGUUCUUCCCACCAACUUCUGUCGUCCUGUAAGUUUUGAUGGGAUGAGAAGCAUGUGUAUACAUAUGGUCCGUAAAACUUCAUACAUCUUACCCAACAAAGGACUUUAAUUCUUUCA